AUGUCACUCAGGGAAAAUUUAUGUGAACUUGGCUGGCACCUAAGUGAAGAAGGUCUUGAUAUUGUUAGUGAAAAUGGUCAAAUAGAUGAUAUAAAUAUUCUUACUAAGAAGGCGUUAGAUUAUGAUUUAAGAGAUAUAGGGGAUGCUGCGCUUCCUGAAGACUUUACUAAAGAACCAUCGAAGUUAGAGAAGCCAGUAAUAUUACAAAUACAGAAGGUCAGAAAUGUGUCAGCUCCGAAGGCUAAUGAGGAGUCUACAUCGGCCCCUCGAAUGCUAAAGUUAACGUUACAUGAUGGUAAAUCGACAUGUACAGGCCUAGAAACUAGUCCUAUACCAAGUUUAAGUAUUAACACUCCACCGGGUACCAAGGUGUUGUUGAACAAUGAGGGCCUAGAGGUGUGUCACGGUGUGGUGUGGUUAGUGCCUGAAGUCAUAUCAGUUUUGGGUGGAAAGGUUACUCAUAUGAUUGAGAAAUGGGAACUAAAUAGGAGUCUUGCUAAACAUACAAGAGGGGGUAUUGGUGUUGAUGGUGGACCUCCACCAUGGAUUCCAUUUGGACAAAGACUGGAAGCUCUAACAUUAGAGAAAAAUUAUAAGAGUAUAACAGAAGCUGCUAAACAAGAUAAUGCAGAGUUUGAAGCUCAGAGGAAAGGGGCCAUCGCUGAAGCUCAAAAAUUAUCAUCCGGUGUCAAAAAGGUCUUUGGAGGAGGCACAAAACCCCUGUUGGAUGCAAAUGUUCAGAAGAUUGUUGAUGCUGGCUUUUCAGAGGAGCAAGCUGAAAAUGCUCUCAAAUAUACUAAAAACAAUGUAGAUAGGGCUCUUAAGAUUCUACAGAAAAGAGAUAACUCGGAGAGUAGAAGUAAAGAGAAACAGCAAAAGGAACAGGAACCACCCAAACGCAAGGGGCGAAACAAAGACAAUGAUGAGGAGAUACAAGUAAAGCCUUCAGGAAAGGUAUCAUUAUUUGACUUCUUAGAAGAUAAAUUGCCUAAUGUACCUGAAAGAGACAGAAGUAAUCGCCAGAAUAACUCACAAGAGGACAGAAGUGAACGAAACAACUACAGGGAAAGGAAUAGUGGUAGAAAUAACUCCAGAAAUCAGGCAGCUAGGUUUGAUGGUGCCAACAGACAAAGAUCUGAUGGAAGAGGGCAUUAUUCUCAUGACAACCAUUCUCAUAGAGAUGACAGAAAGUACCAAGCUCAGAGUGAGAAACCACCGCGGUUCCAGAGGAAAUUAGAAGAGAAAAAUAAACAACAGCAGCAACAGUUUCAACAUCACAAUCAGAAUCAAUUCCAGGCUAAUAACCUUAACAAUGUGAACAUGCAAUAUAACAAUUCAUAUCACAACUUGCCACCGCAGCAACAGAGCCAUUACAAUGACAGUAAAAAUAUGCGAGGCGAGAGGAAUUAUAACAACGACAAUAAAGCUCAACAACCGCAGAACUAUCGUAACAAUGCGCAGAGCACUAUGGAGAGCUUAGUGGACGCCACGGCCGGCCUCAACCUGCUGGCCACGCAGCGCGCCGUCGAGGAACUGCAGCAGCCGCGCAACUACCCGCCGCUCGACCAGGUCUACGCCAAGCAGCAGCAGGCCGCGUACCUCGCCGCGCAGGCCAUGCCCGAGCCGCCGCCCUUCCGCCGCGGCAGCGACCUGCAGAAGUACCAGGAGCAGCCCUACCAGCGCCGCCAGCAACCCAACGGCUACGUGGAGUCGCGGCAGAGCGGGAUGUACGGCGGCGUGGCGGGAUACAUGUCCGGCGCCGCGGCCGGGGGCUUCGCGGCGGGACGACAGUACGGGUACGGCGCGCGGCCGCAGGACUACGGCGGCGUGCGCGGCGCACCCUUCCUUGCCAACUCCCUGCUAGGCUUUCAGAACGCGGCCGUCAACGAGCAGGCGCGCGCCAUGCUCGGCGUCGCAGACAUCAACUGGAAGGUGGGCGACCGCUGCCUCGCGCUCUACUGGGAGGACAAUAAUUUCUACGAGGCCGAGAUCACGGGCAUCUCGGCUAAGACUGUAGUUGUCAAGUUCUGUGCCUACGGUAAUCACGAGGAGAUUCUCAAGACCAAUUGCCUACCAUUCCCCAACCAAGGGUCUGCGGCGGAGGGCGCGCAGUUCCUGGCGCAGCGCGGCGUGUUCGCGGCGCGCCGGCCCUAG